AUGAGCUCGUCAAAUGGCCAGCAUCGACGGGCCGGCUCGCUCGACCCUUUCUCCCAUCCAGACGUCUACUACGGCGACGAUGAGGCCAUCGCCCGCAUCAAAGACCGCCGCCGUGCGUUUUCGUCGACCUUGAAGUCCUUCAAUCGCCAGGAUAUCCAAGACAUUUUAGGCGGUAAAACGACUCGCAGAGGCAGUCAUGACGAAGUGCCCGCACAGCCCCGCAAGUUCCUGAUCGAUGUCAACGAGACCCUGCAAGCCCUCCUAGACAGGGAAGAUACGGACAAGAACAUGCAGAUUACCAUUGAGGAUGUCGGCCCCAAGGUGCUUUCCGUGGGAACAGAUGCCUCAUCGGGAUACAACAAGUUCGACGUUCGCGGAACAUACAUGCUGUCCAACCUCCUGCAGGAGCUCACCAUCGCUCAAGACUACGGCCGAAAGGUGAUCGUCUUGGAUGAGGCUCGCCUGAGUGAAAACCCCGUAUCGCGCCUCUCUCGACUGAUCAAGAACUCAUUCUGGAAUGCUUUGACUCGCCGAAUCGACGGUUCGAACAUCGAGAUUGCUGGUCGCGACCCAAAGGAUUGGACUGAUGACCCGCGUCCGCGCAUCUAUAUUCCUCCAGGCGCCCCCGAGCAACUGGAGUACUAUCGGGGUAUUGCAGAGUCCCAUCCGGAGCUUCGAUUGGACGUGCAGGUCCUGGACUCGAAUAUUACCCCGGAGUAUGUCACUAAUCUCAACCAUAAGCCCGGGCUCCUCGCCUUGGCCAUGAACAAGACAUACAACGAAUCCACCAAGAAAACCGAGUAUUCCGGGGUGCCUUUUGUGGUACCGGGAGGCCGGUUCAAUGAGCUCUAUGGCUGGGAUAGUUAUAUGGAAUCGCUUGGCCUGCUGGUCAGCAACCGGGUCGACCUGGCGAAGUCCAUGGUGAUCAAUUUCUGCUUCUGCAUCAAACACUAUGGCAAGAUUCUCAACGCGAAUCGAUCCUAUUACCUGUUGCGGUCUCAGCCUCCGUUCUUGACCGAUAUGGCCCUCCGCGUAUACGAACGGAUCAAGGGUGAGCCUGACGCCCUCGAGUUCCUUCGAAAUGCAACUCUUGCUGCCAUCAAGGAGUAUUACAGUGUUUGGACGGCAGAGCCCCGAUUUGACCCCGUUUCCGGGCUGUCUCGGUAUCGCCCUGAGGGGUUGGGUGUUCCCCCCGAGACCGAGCCCACUCACUUCCUUCAUAUUCUUACCCCCUACGCCGAGAAGCACGGCAUGUCGUUCGAGGAGUUUGUCCAAGCAUACAAUACUGGCAAAGUCAAAGAACCGGAAUUAGACGAAUACUUCUUGCAUGACCGGGCGGUUCGAGAGUCGGGUCACGAUACCAGCUACCGCCUGGAGAGAGUGUGUGCCAACCUGGCGACGGUAGACUUGAACUCCCUUCUGUUCAAAUAUGAAGUCGAUAUUGCUCGCAUCAUUCGUACUUAUUUCAAGGACCGGCUGGACAUCCCGCAUGAGUUCAGGACCCCCGCGUCCAAAGAUAUCUCCACCGAGUCGUCUUCCGUCUGGGACCGACGCGCGCGGAGACGGAAGAUGCGGAUGGAUACCUACCUGUGGGAUGCGGAGAAGGGCAUGUACUUUGACUACGACACCGUGAAGCAGGAGCGGACCUCGUACGAGAGCGCGACGACGUUCUGGGCCAUGUGGGCCGGCCUGGCGACCCCCGGACAAGCUGCCGAGAUGGUCAAGAAGGCUCUGCCUCGAUUCGAAGUCUUUGGCGGGCUGGUCUCCGGAACGGAGGAGUCGCGCGGCGUGGUUGGUUUGGACCGGCCGAAUCGUCAGUGGGAUUACCCCUAUGGAUGGGCUCCUCAGCAGAUGCUGGCCUGGACCGGAUUCCUGCGGUACGGAUACCAGGAGGAAGCCGAACGGUUGGCAUACAAAUGGCUGUACAUGAUCACGAAGGCCUUUGUUGACUUUAACGGAGUGGUGGUGGAAAAGUAUGACGUGACCCGGCCGAUCGACCCUCAUCGGGUGGAUGCCGAGUACGGCAAUCAAGGCGUCGAUUUCAAGGGCGCGCCUCGGGAAGGAUUUGGCUGGGUUAACGCCAGUUUUGUGUAUGGGCUGGAAAUCCUGAAUGCGCACCAACGACGUGCUCUUGGCACGAUCACUCCCUACGAUACCUACAUGAAGGCCAUUGCGGCACAGGAGGAUGUCUUUUGA